AAUGCUUGUGAAUGAACUUUAUUUUCUGAAGGUUGUUUGUCAUACACUGGCAGGGUAAGUGAUGAUUGGAUGAAUAAACAUUGUCAGAUGCUGCUACAAGCAAACCCUGAACACCAUGUGUAAGCCAGGCAAGAUUUAUGAGCUUCUGUUUCAUAGAACAUCCCACUUGUCAUUUGGACCAAUGGUAAGAAACGCUUGCUCAAGACUCCAAACUGAUUUUGGAUUAGUAGUCUGUGAACUUGUGAAAGAAAUACUUUCACUUCUGUUUCAACAAAUGGAGCUGCAAGUGACUGGUCUGGCUCAUUUCCUCCUUUCUGCUGUCACUUUCUGUAAGCCCCGGGCAGUGCUAGCAGCUCUCCUUGUAUUUUGGUAGUGAAUCCAGAGUAAAAGAAGAGGAACUAUCCUGUUUUCUGAGUACCUGCUGGAUUUCCGCUUGCAUCAUUUAUAUCCUGAUAAAGAUACAGGACUCGUGACUUAUUCAGUACUUGGCACUUUUGGUCUGGGUGGUCAGACUGCAGUAUCCCACCCCCUGACUGGACUAAAAGAUAGGUAACAGGAGACAAAUCAUGGAUUCAACAUUUCUGUCUGAAAAUGGCUAUCUUGAUUUGCUGCACAGUGAUAUCGAUCCACUGCAUUUGUAUACUCAACUUGAUCCUAAGUUAUCUGGAAAUGAAGAAGGUGACUUCUCUGCAGAUUCUGAAGUUGAUGCCAGCAACUAUGAUCAGUUCAAUAUUGAUUUCUUGUAUACAAUGGAAAACAGUGAAAAUGGGGAUGAAUUGGAUCUCUGUUCCACCAAAGAAGAUUAUGCUAGAAUAGCUGGAUUAGCAGAAUAUGUGCUCCAAGAUCAUCAGGAGAUGAAGGUGGAAGACACUUUUGCAGGGAACCUUAUUUUGGAUGAAAUAGCAGCUGAAAACACUGAGAUGCUUCCUGACAUAAAUGUGCAGAAAUGUCACAAACGAAGUAAGUGAAAAAGAGUGAGAGUUUGAAAGGCUGCAGAAUUUGAAUCCUAAAUUUGCAUUUCGACACUUUGGUUUUAACCCAUCCUCAAUGCAUCUCUCAUGUAGUUCUUCACUGAUACAACCAGACGUGCUUCCUAUGAUUUUGCUUACCCUCUGUGGGCUGGAAGUAAAAACAACUCCCACAAGCACAUUCUUUACAAUUUGCAGAAUUUGUUGUCCUGUAACAUGACAUUAAGUAUGUUGUAUUUCUUCCCUUCAUCUGUGUGACAGUGUUAACUUUGUUUUCAGUGACUCUAUUGCUUAGCAAGCAUUAGCUGAACAAUUCCCUCUUCAAUAUCAACAGCAGCAGCAAAAAAUCUUUGAUUACUGGCACAAAAAUCUGUAGCUUAAUUGAAACUUCACAGUCAGAGUGAAAUAUGAGGCUUCUCACAUUCAUAUUUUAUAUAUUGGCCCCAAACAAUUCUGAAAUAGCUGAAUUGAAACUGAUAACAUCUCAUUCUGCUUUAAAAGGUUAAAAUAAAUUUCCAUGGUGGAAACG